CGACCCUGCCCGUGAGCAAUCUCCCAACUCAUCUCUGUUACCUAACAUUGAAAAGAAAAUUCCAAAAGAAUUUCGCCUUAACGGACGCAAAUCGCAUUUGCAAUGUGUGGCCGAACCGCGUGCGUCCUAGAAGGUCCUGUGCUCAGUCGAGCUUGCGAGUAUCGAGAUGCUUCUCAAAAACGCCGACAGGUGGCGUGGCAGUCUGAGAAAACCGCGGGAAUGACGUAUCGACCUUCGUUCAACGUUUCACCGGGAGGUGUCGUGGCGUGCCUCGUCUCUGGCGCGCAUUUUAAAACCGCACCGGAAAGAGUGCUCCAAGCAAUGAUCUGGAAGAUGAUUCCAUCCUGGCACAAAGGUGACAUCGGAGCGCUCAAACUGUCGACGCAUAAUUGUCGAUUGGAAACUGCGACCACCACGAAGGUUUUCAGUCCAGCUUUAAAGAACGGCAAUCGCUGCGUCGUCGUUUGUAGCGGUUAUUAUGAAUGGAAGACCACGGUUUUGCAGGGGAAGAAACAGGCUUCUAAGCAACCCUAUUUCAUUUAUGCACCACAACCGGAAUAUGUUAAAAUCAAUGAACCUUCCUCCUGGGCGAAGGAUGAAUGGUCCGAAGAAAAUGGAUGGCAGGGAGCAAAGCUGCUAAAACUCGCUGGCAUAUUCAACACUUCAACAGAUGAAGAUGGGACAAUCGUUCACAGUUGCUCGGUCUUGACCAUGGAGGCGAAUCAUGUACUUUCCUGGAUGCAUUCUAGGGUACCCGCCUUCCUGGAAACGGAGGAAAAUGUUAAUGCUUGGUUGGAUUUUGAAAAUGUCUCCUUAAAUGAAGCCUUGGCUCAACUACAUAGUCCUUCAAAGAAGUCUUUGCAAUGGCAUCCAGUUGGAAGAGCUGUGGGCAAUUCUCGAUGUAAUGAAGCCGACUGCAUCAAGCCCAUCAAUCUUAAGAAAAGCAAUCAUGUUCGAGAGAAGAGCGGUCCCACCGGUCUUAUGGCUUCUUGGCUGAAAAAAGAACCUACGGGGUCAGACAAGAAGCAGUCCACUCUUCGUACCAGAAACUUUGAUGAGAAGUCCGAAAGAAAUACAAAAAGAAUCAAGACUGAGUAGGUUUCUAAUUUACUCAAGUUUUUACUUCAUAUACCUCCAUUAAAGUACAAUACGCUAAAAUACUCCAAAUCAAUUGACAAAACCUCUUCUGGGUGAGAGAAGAGAACAAUAUAGUUGUUUAAUUUAUUUAUAAUAUACAAUUUCUUUGUAUUUUCAUAUCAAAAUAAAUAUAAUUAAA